AUGCCAUCCGAUAAACAAGACUACAGAGGCCGGUCACAAUCACCAGCGCCUCGGUCGCGUCAUGAGACCAGCGACCGCACUGGGCGCCAUGGCGAUGACCACACCCAUCGCCGCCGAUGCAGGGAUGAUGACGGUGAUGAGGAAAUGCGAUCUCACAGACAUCAUCACCACCACCGAUCACAUAGGCGGAAACGGAGCAGGUCCCCGGCGCGUCAUCCCUCAUCCAAACGCAGCAGACCGACGGCCGCGUCCAUGAUGCCGGAUGAGGAUGACGAUGCCAGCGGGACCAAGACGGGGCCGAGGCAGCUGCCACUCGGCGCACGGACUCUCUCUCGUCACGGCGAUUACGAGGCGUUUGAGUCUUUGUUCGCCCACUACCUUGAUUUGCAUCAUCAGAUUGACGUCUUUGAGCUCUCUGGUCGCGAGCUGCAGCAGCGGUGGCGCUCGUUCGUGCGUAGGUGGAACGCCGGGAAGUUGUCAGAGGGUUGGUACGACCCGGAAAUGUUUGUAAAAGUCACGAAGGAAUGGGAGGGAGCGGAUGGCAAGGCAGCCCGCGCGGCAGCUGCUACUUCGCGGGGCACACUGUCACCGGACAGGAUGAGGAGACAGAGUUUGCUUGGUUCUUCCCCACCAAAGUACGAUGCACCAGGGGCAGGCGAUGUUCAGCGUCAUGUUGAGCAGCAAGAUGAUGAGGAAGGGGAGGAUAGCGACGAUGAUUACGUCCCACCACUACCUCCGCCAGCAGGCACCGAAGUCGCACGGGCACACGGGUGGAACGACAAGAGGAAGCAUCAUGGCCCGGGGAUACCCAGCAUCCAGGACCUAGACGUACGGCGUGCCGAAGAGGAAGAGGCGCAGCUCAGGUCUCGAGAUGAGAUACGCCUCGCUCGGCGCGUGGACAGAGCGGAACAAAAGGAGCGCCUGGACGAGAUCCUGCCACGCGCGGCGGCUGGGACGCGGGAGCGGCAGCUCGAGAAGAAGCGCAUGGUCAACGAGAAAAUGCGCGGGUUCCGCGAAGGCUCGGCGGGGGCUACUGAGGAAGCAGGGGAUGGGGAGCUUAUGGGUGAGGGCGGCGGGGUCAGCGACUACAAGGCCGCGUUGGCGCGAGAGCAGAGGAGAAAGUCGGAGCGGGAGGUUAGGAAAGAGGCGGAAGCGCGCGCCAAGGUAGAAGAGUUGCGGCAGCGUAUGAAGAGGUAUCAGGAGAAGGAGGAGCGGACCAUCGGAGCUCUGAGGGAGUUGGCGAGACAGAAGUUUGGUGGAUGA